GGCAAAAACCCAUAAAUCAUAGGCUAUGUGAGAACAAAUUUAUAGACAGAGCAUAGGCGCGCUGUAAACUUCCCUCAUUCCCACUCACUUGAAAUACGGCGCAGCAGAGCAGCAGGGCAGUGCUGUGGUCUCGCUCGAUCUUUUGGGAAAAUAAAAGAUGGUAUCACCUCUAACUCGUCUGCUGCUCCUCACAUGCGUGAUUCUACCUUUCCAUGGAGCAGAGAAAUUGAGAAAAGGACUUGACAGGAAGGAUGUUGAAUACGAAAAGGUAAAAAAACUAUCUCAAAUAUACUAUUUUGGGUUAAAGCUGCACAGUCCUCAAACCGCCGAAAACUAGCGAAUCUCAUCCUGAUUCAUUUAACAUUUAACCAAUGUUUAAGCCUUUAAUUGUUGCAAUUUUUUUCAUUAUUUCCCCCUUUAAAAUAUCAAAACGUUUUUUUAAAAGAUAUUUGCUUUUGAGUGAUUUUCAGUUCUAUACCUACUACCAUCAUUUUGAAUGGGCUAUGGAUGAUCGGUGCCACGUUGACCAGUGGCCACUCGCAAAUGUUCUUUCAAUAUUAUAUAGCAUAUUGGACAUAACUGAUGCAAACAAGAAGUUGGCAAAGGUCCAGCAUGCAGCAGAAUAACAAAGACCCAGACAGAAGUCAUGAGGGGUCUGGCUGGUUCAUUGUUUGUUCACUGGGCACAGACGUCUGUUCAACGUCUAGUUUUGAUUGACAUUUGGUUGAGUUGUCAACUAACGUGAAUUCAACAAAAAAUGGCACCAUGUCAUUUGAUUUAGGUUAAAAAAUUGGUGAAAAAAAGACGAAAUGCCCUUAAGUUGAUAACUUUUUGCAAAUCCAAUUAGUUUUCCACGUUGAUUCAACUCAUCACAUAGAUUUUGGGGGGUUGAAAUGACGUGGAAACGACGUUGUUUCAACUAGUUUUUGUUGCUUUUGUGUAGGCCUAGUGUAUAAAUCUGACCAGCAGUAUAGGACUGCAUGGUAAUAACUGAGUAAUGUGAUAUGAUGAACAGCAUCUUGUUAUUAUCUGUCUAGUGUACUGGAAACGAUGCAGACAAACCAAACUGCACCAGAAUCUCUGCUGAAUCCGAUUCAAGAUCCUCUUAUUUGAACAACAUGGUAAUAAUCUCAUCCUUUCCAGAGCAUAUAGCUUUUUGGUUGCCACUGUACUGUGUAUUCUGUAUGUCUUUAGCAGCAUGCUCUCACCCUGGCUUGAAGUCUGCUCACUGUUUGCUGAGAGGACAUCACUUUUUUUCUCUAUAUUGGGUCUUCUUCUUGUCCAGCUCCUGUGAAAAGUUUUGAUCUGUGUCCAAGCUUAAUGUAUGGUGUGUUGGGGAUUUCUCAAUGUUGGUCCAUAGUUGCAAUAACAGUCACUUUCUCUGUUAUCACAGCAGUAGUAUGUUUGUCUGUGUAAAGUAUAAACACUGUAUAUUAUACAGUUGGCUACUGCAGUUUGUUCAGCACGUUUCGGAUUAGUUAAUAGGAAAGUCAGCUGUGUAGCUGAGCAGAACAGAGGUUCCUUUCAUGGCUUUUGAAUUCUCUCCAGAAACAAAUCAAACCCUAAUAAAUGUCAUUCAAUCAACUGUGGUCUUAUAAUGAUGUUGGAUCCAGUACUGUAUGGCUCAGUUGAUAGAGCAUUGCGCUUGUAAUGCCAGGAUUGUGGGUUGGAGUCCCGGGACCACCCAUAUGUAAAAAUGUAUGGAUAAAAGUGUCUGCUAAAUGGCAUAUAUUAGUAAAGGAUAAUAACCACAUUCAAAUCUAUGUAUAGUCUCAGAGGCAUUUACAUAUUGUUACUUAUAGGCUACUGUAUUAUGUAUCCCAAAUCCCAAGCAUGUGCUUAAGUGCUUUUAUAGGAGAAUACAAUCUGUCAUUUCAACAGCAUGACCCUGGCACUUUGUUUGGUAAGAUGAGGGACCCUGAUACAUCACUACCCCAGUCAGAGCAGACCCCUAGGUGGUUCCACCAUAGUCACUUAAUGGCAAAAACAGACCUGGGCCCGGUUUUCUGACAGCGAUAGAACGUAGGCCUGCGAAUGUUUUAACGAUGCAUCUUUCCUACAAAGGCCGAAAUGUAAUAUGCGUUUCCCAAAACACCAUGCAGAGAGAACGGUUGCUAAGCGCAUCGUCGAAGCAUGUGUUGAUACUGAUAGGAUCGAAAGAAAGCAAGUGCUGCUCUCGGAUCAGCUUUCUCCAUACAAAUCUUUCCUUAACAUUAUAAUUAUUUCACAAUACUGACGACGGAUCAGCUCCUAGAGUGAUAUUCCCACCUAUGGCUGCAAAUAUUAAGGUGGCUUAUUGUAAUUAUAAAAUUGCACUAAAUCACAGAUUUGGCACAUCAUUGUGCACAUGUUAGGCUACACAUCAUAUCAUAAAAGAUGUUGAGACAAAUUAAAGACAGUUGCCUACAAGUAGCAAAAUAGAAUUCAAUUGAUUGAACAUGAAAUGUAUUUCAAUAUGAUUGAAAUAGGCCUAUAGCUUACUGUUUAUAUUUGAAUGCAGUCAUCUCUCAUUUUAAACAUAUUUUUAUACUAGCUUGUUUGUAUCAAUUGCAAAGACAUUGGCAACUUUGUAUUUCUAGUCAACUUUGUUCUGAAGUUAUCAUGCUCACAGAAACAGAUGUGAUUCUAUGUUUAGCGGAGAUCUUCUGUGUAUAAAGUGACGUGGGAGGGCAAAAAAGCAUCUAACGACGCACUUAGCUGUUCUACGAGUGGUCUGAGCCAGGCGUAAGAUUUCGAGCGUUUUCAAGUGCAACGUUAAUAACGAUGGUUUUGGGAAACAGCUCGGACAUUUAACGAUGCUCCUACGAAGGUUCUAACGAUGAACUUAGCCUUAAGAUGAUUUUGGGAAACUGGGCCCAGGGCUCCUCAGGCCUGGUAUAUUGCUCAGUAUACCAUUUGUGUCUCGACAGCUGGAAUUUAAAUACUGCAUGUAAUUCCAUAGCCUACCCCAUUUUAUAUUUGAUUUUGGCAUUCCUGAAAUGCUCAUUGUCUAAAAGAUGUAAAAUGAACAAUAUCAGCUCAAGUUAGAACAAGUUCUUGAAAUAACCAGUUCAUUGUAAUAUAAGCUGAAGUUGUCUUUGGUUUCUUUUUUGUUAUAGAAGACUCAGGCUUUGCACAGCACAGCUGCAUGACUAAUAAAAAGCGGACAUUUUCCUAGCCGAUUCUCAACGGUCACUAAUGACUCCAUUGAGCACUGGCUAACUUUUUCCUAUGUCCUUUUGUAUCCUUUGAGUGAAUGUUCUUGAUCUGAGAACAAGGCUACAUGAUUUAUUCUGAUACAAUGUGCUUAACUAAGAGUAUCACAAGUUUGUAUGUUAAAUAUUGGUCUCUAGGCCUAGUACAUCAGACUGAUUUCCCUCCAUUUACAUCUACUCAGUUGCAGAUUCACCAAGUAUAUCUAAGUAUGAGAGUCUUGUGAUAAGCAGUCAUGUUGGAGAAGCACGGUUUCUCUCUCAGUGUGUGGUAUGGUUACUUUGGCCAGCCAGCCUGUCUGUAUGUGUUUGAGUCAUUGUGAGUAAGAGGGAGUAUCCGUUUAAACAAAACAGAACUGGACAUUAAAUCAAGCUAGUCUGUCUGUCUGUCUCAAGUCACUGACUGACCACAAACACAGGAGCACAGAUUUACACUCUGAAUUCCUGAUGCAUUCACUCUAUCUCUCUCUCAUUCACUUCAUCUGGCCACAAAUGGCCCAGACAUCUGACAUCAUCUUUUGCACUUUUGUGAUUGGGAGUCAAGUCCCCUUGGGCACAAACUGGUUGAAUCAACGUUGUUUCCAAAUAAUUGAAACCAAAAAAAAUCAAUGUGAUGAAGUUAAAUCAAUGUGGAAAACUGAUUGGAUUUGCAAAAAGUCAUCAACGUAAAGGAAUUUCGGAAAUGUUUGUAUUUCUUUCACCCAACUUUUAACCUAAACCCAAUUACAAGGUUCACAUUUUUGUUGAUUUCAGGUUGAAUUUACAACUCAAUCAAUUGUAAAUGAAAACUAGACGUUGAACUGACGUCUGUGUCCACCAUUAUCCAUUACAGGUCUGGAUGUCCAUUGUCAUGAAUGUGGACACAUACAUUUGAUGUAGUCCAUAUGAUGCUUAGAUGACAAUCUGGUAUAUCUUAACACUAGGUGGUAUGUUAUUAGUGUGGUUACUAGAACAGUCUGUCUCUCCCUCGUGUUCCCCAUUAUAACAGUGUCUCUCUCUCUCCCUCCAUCUCUUCCUCUCCCCCUCUCCCUCUCAUUCUCCAGUACAACAGCUGCCCCCAGGGUCCGGCUGGCACCCCGGGCAGGGAGGGUAACCCUGGCACCAAUGGCAUCCCUGGGACCCCUGGCAUCCCGGGGCGCGAUGGCAUCAAGGGGGAGAAAGGAGAGUGUGUGAGUGAGGUGUUUGAGGAGCCCUGGAAACCCAACUACAAGCAGUGUGCCUGGAACUCACUCAACUAUGGGAUCGACCUGGGCAAGAUAGCUGUAAGUGGCUGGCAAUGCUCACCAGACAGGAUCUGGGGCACUGAGUAAUAUGGUUACAUCAGCAUUAUUACUAUAUUGAUCAUCCAUAAUAAGGUUGAUUGUGUUCGUUUAGAGAAAAGUAUUCGUUAACAUGUUCUUUUAAUUUUCUCUUAAGCCUCUGUACUAACAGUGUAAUUACUAGUAACAACAUUGUAUUAUUCACACUGAAUUGAAAUGAGACAUGAAUACAAAACAUAAAACAUUGAAGAUGCUAUCAUUGGAUGCUAUUGUUAGGAUUUCCUCUCCACCUCUUGUGUCUCCCCUGUAGGACUGUACAUUCACCAAGCUGCGUUCAGACAGUGCCCUGCGUGUGCUCUUCAGCGGCUCCCUGAGGCUGAAGUGUAAGACAGCCUGCUGCCAGCGUUGGUACUUCACCUUCAACGGAGCUGAGUGUACAGGACCUCUGCCCAUCGAGUUCAUCAUCUACCUCGACCAAGGCAGCCCUGAGCUCAACUCCACCAUCAACAUACACAGAACCUCAUCUGGUAAGAAAUUAUACCAUCAACACGCACAGCUCAUCCGGUAAGCGGAACGUAGCUGAACUGAGCUAGUGUAGCUAGUGGGAGCCAUUUGUUGGUGGUGGUAUUUUGCUUAUAUAUCUCAAAUGCGAAAUCUAUUGUAGCCUUGAAAUAUUAAUAAUAUAUCUACUAUUGCUGUUUAAAUUCUACUGUGAAGCAAGACAUUUGACAUAUGCAUACCCACUUCAUGCUGUUUUUUUUUCUUUCUUAAGCUGCCAAGUUCACCAGUGUAGAAAGACCAAAACAAAGCAAUUAAAAGGCCUCGUCUUGGCACACAUACGGUAGUGUGAGUGUACAAUGUAACUCAGGAAGUUGUCUUGUAAAUAAACCUCAAUGACCUUAGUAUUUUUCGCAGUGACACUUAAACUUAAGUUGCCCUUAUACCUACAGUGAGGGAAAAAAGUAUUUGAUCCCCUGCUGAUUUUGUACGUUUGCCCACUGACAAAGAAAUGAUCAGUCUAUAAUUUUAAUGGUAGGUUUAUUUGAACAGUGAGAGACAGAAUAACAACAACAAAAUCCAGAAAAACGCAUGUCAAAAAUGUUAUAAAUUGAUAUGCAUUUUAAUGAGGGAAAUAAGUAUUUGACCCCCUCUCAAUCAGAAAGAUUUCUGGCUCCCAGGUGUCUUUUAUACAGGUAACGAGCUGAGAUUAGGAGCACACUCUUAAAGGGAGUGCUCCUAAUCUCAGUUUGUUACCUGUAUAAAAGACACCUGUCCACAGAAGCAAUCAAUCAGUCAGAUUCCAAACUCUUUAACCAUGGCCAAGACCAAAGAGCUCUCCAAGGAUGUCAGGGACAAGAUUGUAGACCUACACAAGGCUGGAACGGGCUACAAGACCAUCGGCAAGCAACUUGGUGAGAAGGUGACAACAGUUGAUGCGAUUAUUCGCAAAUGGAAGAAACACAAAAUAACUGUCAAUCUCCCUCGGCCUGGGGCUCCAUGCAAGUUCUCACCUCGUGGAGUUGCAAUGAUCAUGAGAACGGUGAGGAAUCAGCCCAGAACUACACGGGAGGAUCUUGUCAAUGAUCUCAAGGUAGCUGGGACCAUAGUCACCAAGAAAACAAUUGGUAACACACUACGCCGUGAAGGACUGAAAUCCUGCAGCGCCCGCAAGGUCCCCCUGCUCAAGAAAGCACAUAUACAGGCCCGUCUGAAGUUUGCCAAUGAACAUCUGAAUGAUUCAGAGGAGAACUGGGUGAAAGUGUUGUGGUCAGAUGAGACCAAAAUGGAGCUCUUUGGCAUCAACUCAACUCGCCGUGUUUGGAGGAGGAGGAAUGCUGCCUAUGACCCCAAGAACACCAUCCCCACCGUCAAACAUGGAGGUGGAAACAUUAUGCUUUGGGGGUGUUUUUCUGCUAUGGGGACAGGACAACUUCACCGCAUCAAAGGGACGAUGGACGGGGCCAUGUACCGUCAAAUCUUGGGUGAGAACCUCCUUCCCUCAGCCAGGGCAUUGAAAAUGGGUCGUGGAUGGGUAUUCCAGCAUGACAAUGACCCAAAACACACGGCCAAGGCAACAAAGGAGUGGCUCAAGAAGAAGCACAUUAAGGUCCUGGAGUGGCCUAGCCAGUCUCCAGACCUUAAUCUCAUAGAAAAUCUGUGGAGGGAGCUGAAGGUUCGAGUUGCCAAACGUCAGCCUCGAAACCUUAAUGACUUGGAGAAGAUCUGCAAAGAGGAGUGGGACAAAAUCCCUCCUGAGAUGUGUGCAAACCUGGUGGCCAACUACAAGAAACGUCUGACCUCUGUGAUUGCCAACAAGGGUUUUGCCACCAAGUACUAAGUCAUGUUUUGCAGAGGGGUCAAAUACUUAUUUCCCUCAUUAACAUUUAUAUUAACAUUUUCGUCAUUUAGCAGACGCUCUUAUCCAGAGCGACUUACAAAUUGGUGCAUUCACCUUAUGAUAGCCAGUGGGACAACCACUUUACAAAUUAUUAUUUUAUUUUAUUUUUUCCUUUUUUUGGGGGGGGUGGGGGGGUGGGGUAAGGGGGGGUAGAAGGAUUACUUUAUCCUAUCCCAGGUAUUCCUUAAAGAGGUGGGGUUUCAAGUGUCUCCGGAAGGUGGUGAGUGACUCCGCUGUCCUGGCGUCGUGAGGGAGCUUGUUCCACCAUUGGGGUGCCAGAGCAGCGAACAGUUUUGACUGGGCUGAGCAGGAACUGUGCUUCCGCAGAGGUAGGGGAGCCAGCAGGCCAGAGGUGGAUGAACGCAAUGCCCUCGUUUGGGUGUAGGGACUGAUCAGAGCCUGAAGGUACGGAGGUGCCGUUCCCCUCACAGCUCCGUAGGCAAGCACCAUGGUCUUGUAGCAGAUGCGAGCUUCAACUGGAAGCCAGUGGAGUGUGCGGAGGAGCGGGGUGACGUGAGAGAACAUGGGAAGGUUGAACACCAGACGGGCUGCGGUGUUCUGGAUGAGUUGUAGGGGUUUAAUGGCACAGGCAGGGAGCCCAGCCAACAGCGAGUUGCAGUAAUCCAGACGGGAGAUGACAAGUGCCUGGAUUAGGACCUGUGCCGCUUCCUGUGUAAGGCAGGGUCGUACUCUGCAAAUGUUGUAGAGCAUGAACCUACAGGAUUGGGUCACCGCCUUGAUGUUAGCGGAGAACGACAGGGUGUUGUCCAGGGUCAAGCCAAGGCACUUUGCACUCUGGGAGGAGGACACAACAGAGUUGUCAACCGUGAUGGCGAGAUCAUGGAACGGGCAGUCCUUCCCCGGGAGGAAGAGCAGCUCCGUCUUGCCAAGGUUCAGCUUGAGGUGGUGAUCCGUCAUCCACACUGAUAUGUCUGCCAGACAUGCAGAGAUGCGAUUCGCCACCUGGUUAUCAGAAGGGGGAAAGGAGAAGAUUAUUUGUGUGUCGUCUGCGUAGCAAUGAUAGGAGAGGCCAUGUGAGGAUAUGACAGAGCCAAGUGACUUGGUGUAUAGCAAGAAUAGGAGAGGGCCUAGAACUGAGCCCUGGGGGACACCAGUGGUGAGAGCACGUGGUGCGGAGACAGAUUCUCGCCACGCCACCUGGUAGGAGCGACCUGUCAGGUAGGACACAAUCCAAGAGUGAGCCGCGCCGGAGAUGCCCAACUCGGAGAGGGUAGAGAGGAGGAUCUGAUGGUUCACAGUAUCAAAGGCAGCAGAUAGGUCUAGAAGGACGAGAGCAGAGGAGAGAGAGUUAGCUUUAGCAGUGCGGAGAGCCUCCGUGACAUAGAGAAGAGCAGUCUCAGUUGAAUGACCAGUCUUGAAACCUGACUGGUUUGGAUCAAGAAGGUAAUUCUGAGAGAGAUAGCAAGAGAGUUGGCUAAAGAUGGCUCGCUCAAGAGUUUUGGAGAGAAAAGAAAGAAGGGAUACUGGUCUGUAGUUGUUGACAUUAAAAUUCAAAUCAAUUUAUAACAUCUCUGGAUUUUUUUGUUGUUAUUCUGUCUCUCACUGUUCAAAUAAACCUACCAUUAAAAUUAUAGACUGAUCAUGUCUUUGUCAGUGGGCAAACAUACAAAAUCAGCAGGGGAUCAAAUACUUUUCCCCCUCACUGUAUUUAACUAUGCAUUAAUGACUGUCGAAACAACACUGUGUUAACAGUCGUUAGAGUAACUUCUCUUCUUGUCUUGUCCCAGUUGAAGGGUUGUGUGAGGGGAUCCGGGCAGGCCUGGUGGACGUGGCUAUCUGGGUGGGGACCUGUGCUGACUACCCCCGAGGAGACGCAUCUACAGGGUGGAACUCCGUAUCCAGGGUAUUCAUAGAGGAGCUGCCCAAAUGAGGCCGUCUUUAUUAAGUGAUGGGACCAGGCAAAAUAGAGAAAGAACCCCUAACAAUCCUUCUGAAGGCUUUGACUACAUAUCAGUUUUGUUUCUGGAUGGGUUCCUAGUCUAUGACAAUGUCCUCUGGCCAAUCAGACAACUUCAGUUGUGGCUAAAUACAGUAUCACUGAUGUUCACUUGAAUGUUUUGUACUACAGAAGGUAGGGUCUAGUAUAUUGAACACCUGAAAUUAGAUUUAUUCCUCAUUAGUCCCAUUUCUGUUUAAUAAAGCAAGAUUUUGUCUGAUCUUGUAAUCUGCUGAAGUCUUACAUUUUUAAACGAAUUACUGUCAAUAAAGUAAUCUUUUGUAUGAAUCAA